AUGUUUCCAACCCAUAACCAUCUACCUUCUCGAGACUUCUCGAUUGGUGGCUGUUCGGCUGAGAGGGGACUUGGUUCGCUUGACAGACAUCCCCUGGAGACGGUCGACAAGUCCCGGGCUGCUGUUCGCUGCUCGAUAAGAGCCUCGAGCGGCUGCUGCUCCUUGUCGGAAAAGCUCGGGUUGCGGUGGCUUGCGUCUGGUUUCGGUCAUCAACUCUCGGGGGAUUCCGCAAUUUGCUGUAUAAGGCAGCGGCUCGUCAGACGGGGUCGGAGUUCAAAAUUGCGGCUCGUGGACGUUGAUACUCGCGAUGGUCGCAGCCCCGUCGGAGGUCGAGGGUCGCUGCUCGCCUUCUCGCCGGAAAUUUGCUUGGCCGUCAGACGAGGUUUGAGGAUGGUCGCCCGUGAAAAGGAGAUUAAAACGCCCCGAGAACGAGUCGCCGUACAGAGCUGGUCGCUAGAAUUCGAGGCCCGAAUUCGCCGGAGGUCGGAUCGAGGCGGAGAUGCUUGA